CUAAAACGGCGUCGUUUCGGUCGUCUUCAACCAUAAAUCAAAAAUUUUCACAGCACAAUUCCAAAUUGGCUUAGCUUCCAUUAAUGGCGGUUUCCGGAUUUGAAGGCUUCGAAAAGAGGCUUGAGCUGCAAUUCUCAAGCAACGAUCCGAAAUUCACUCUCCGGCAAAUCGACUUCUUCGCAGUAGAGAAAGUUCUGCACGCCGUCCAGUGCACGGUGGUCUCCGCCGUCGGCAACAAAUUCUUCGACUCGUAUGUCCUCUCGGAAUCCAGCCUUUUCAUUUAUCCUUCUAAGAUCAUCAUCAAGACCUGCGGAACCACACAGCUCCUGAAAUCCGUCCGGCCGUUCGCCGAUCUCGCCGCCGGCGCCGGCCUGAAACUGUCGCGGUGCAGGUACACCAGAGGCAGCUUCAUUUUCCCCGACGCGCAGCCGUAUCCUCACACGAGCUUCGAAGAUGAAGUAAAUUACCUGAAUCAGAGCCUGCCGGAAAAUUUCUCCGGAAAAUCGGCGGUGAUGGACACGUGGAACGUUUUCACGGCGAGUGAUGGCGGCGCCGCCGCGGACGACGGUUUGUACACCGUCGAGAUUUGUAUGACUCAGCUGGACAUUGCUUUGGCGCGAAAAUUCUUCCGCCGGCGCGGCGACGGCAGGUCACCGGACGCGGCGGGGAUGGAGAUGACGGCGGCGACGGGGAUCAGAGACGUUAAUCGGAAAGCUUUAAUUUGUGACUACGCUUUCGAUCCGUGCGGUUACUCGAUGAACGGACUUGACGGAAACCGUUACUCGACGGUGCACGUGACGCCGGAGGACGGGUUCAGCUACGCCAGCUUCGAGUGCGUCGCCGGCGGCCGGAAAAAUGAGCUGGCAGAGAUAUUGCAGAAAGUGGUGAAAAUUUUCCGGCCGGCGGAGCUCUCCGUCGCCACCACGUCGGCCGGCGGCUGCGACGCGUGGCUGGGAGUGGCGGAGGCGUUGAAGCCGAUGGGGAUGAGGUUGAGGAGGCGGGCGGCGGAAGAGUUUCCGGCGGCCGGUACGGUGGUUUUUCAGACGCUCACUACUCGCCGGAAUUAGGCGGCGCCGGCGCCGGCGGGGAGUAGUGGGGAAGUGUAGAGGUUUUAAUUAGGUGGAAUUUUUAUAUUGUUUGUUAUUUGUUAAAAUUUUAUUUUAUUUUUUAUUUUAAUUAGGAAAUUUUAAAAAAUGGAAAUCCAGUACAUUUGGAGAAUAGUGCAC